AUGCGGCCUAUUUUGAGCAUUCUGUACACUUUUCUGCUGCUGGGGACGAUUGCCGCGGCUUGGCCCUGGUCAAAUUAUGGGCAGGUAUUCGGAGGUAACAUGUUGGAUAAACGUGCAGACGAGACAAGCACAGCAUCAACAUCCGAACAAACAACCUCAGUCGCUUCCCAAACUUCUACCAAGUCCUCCAGUGAGACCGAUACCUCUACCAACACCAAGACCGCCAGUGAUGAAACAACGAGUGGUUCCACCACCACUGGUACAUCUAAAAACACCAAGACAAAAUCAUCCACCACCACAUCCUCGGUCUCGAUCAACCCGGCUGCUGGCGCGGGUGGCAUCUCCAUGCUCACCCCGGACUCCACUACGACAACUUAUUACAAGAUCGGACAAAAUAUCACUUUCGUCUGGAACUACACCUCCGUCACCGUGUCCCCCACAGCUGUGGAUGUUGUGGCAUCCUGCAGCUUGAACAGUGCCACCUACACAGUGACUAAGAACAUGAGCAUGGAGGCCACUGGUACUGCCAUCUGGGACACCGGCGAGUAUGAGAAGACCGCAACUAUCCCAUUGUUGACUGCGAGCUACACGCUCUUCGUCUACGAUGCGGACAAGUCUCUCAGUGACACGGCCAGCGCAGGCUACCUAGGCUCUGAUACUGGAUAUUCCUUCGGGAUGUACUUCACUCAGAGUCCCACAUCACUGAGUGGAUUCUUCUGUGUCACUUGUAACGGUGCUUUAUCUGACACGAACCGCCAAGGACUCAAAUUCGUCGUCGGCAUGGCUAUGCUCACAGUCCUCUCCUUCACAUGGUUUGCGGGCAGCUUUGGCCUCUUCUCCCUCUAA